AUGCUGACUCAGAUUGCUGCAAGCACAAUAUUGCGAAGAGCAGAUGGUGAUAAUUCUAGUGGUAUCGCAGAUUAUGAUGAUUCAUAUAAUUCCACAGCAUGGAAAUUCGGCAGAUGGUUUUUAUCCAUAGUGUUCGUUUUGGUAUUUUUGUCAAUUAUAUUUAUGGCUGUUAGAGCUAAUAAAAAAAGAAUUAAUAGAGGCGAGGCUCCCAUUAGAGGUACUAGCUGGCUGACUCCCCCAUCAUAUAGACAGUCAGAAAGACAGUAUAGCUCUUCUGCAGGUGAAUAUGAAGAUUAUGUGCCCACUUAUACAGAACAAGCCAAUGAAAAUGACUUGGGAUAUUACGAUGAGCGUGGAGAGUUCCAUCUCAAUGGAAAAUCGGAAUAUCUACCUCCUCCACCAUUAAGUGAGGAAAUAGCAGGCUCUGAUUCAUCUUUGGAAAGACCUGCGCAAGCAAGGGUAAGGGAUUCGGAGCCUUAUCAUGACCCUGAAAUGAUGAGACCAAGUUAUACUGCUCAACUCCGUACAAAUACCCCCCACGUAAGUAAUUAA